AUCUUUAAAAAUUGUGGAAAAAGCAAAAUUGAAAAGAAAAAUCGAUAUAAAUUAGCUACUUUAGGAGAAAUUGUUAACUCAAAAUGUCUUCCAGCUGGAUAUAGUACUAGUGUAUCCCCAUUGCCAAAUGCUUACGAUCACUGUAAAAAAAAACUUGAUGAUGGUGAAGUUUUAGUUUGUGGGCAUGGAUACCAUUUUGAAUGCUAUCAAAAAUUAAAGUAUAGUUGUCAUUAUUAUGAAGAAUAUUAUAAAUGCAGAAUAUAUAAUAAUGUGAAUUCCUUUUUAAAACGAUUGAAAAAAAGUCCAAAUAUACUUACUACUAAAGAAAAAGAAGGUGAAAAUGUUGAAGAUAUCGCUAAUGAAGAUGAUGAAAAGAUUCCAAUCAAUAAAAACCCGAACAAGCAUUUGGAUCCAUUUGAAUCCAAGGAAUCCAUACGAAAAGUUAGCUUUGAAAGAGUAUAUAUGCGAAGUUUCGUCACUGGUUAUUUUUGA